AUGGCGAUAAUCGAAUCUUUAGAAGAGAUUCCAGUGCAAAACCCACAAGUAGAAGACUUCUCAUGGGCUGAUUUGACCUGGACUAAAUUUGGUACAUCAGAGCAUCACGACGAUGUAGCACUGAUUCCAUACUCAAGAGUCGACGAAUUCAUCAUCGGAGAAUGCUCAAACGCUGAGUGCCCUACACGAUUUCACAUCGAAAGAGGAAGAAAACGCUCUCGAGGCAGCCUCAAGGAGUUCAAGAGCGAUGAGUAUUUGGAAUAUAGACUGUAUUGGUGUUCUUUUGGUCCUGAGAACUAUGGAGAAGGUGGUGGUGUUUUGCCCAGUAGAAAAUACCGUCUCAACACUAGAAAUCGAGCUGCGAGACCUCAAUCAAUGAGAGGAUGUACAUGUCAUUUCGUUGUGAAACGUCUUUAUGCUCGUCCUUUGCUUGCGCUUCUGAUAUACAAUGAGAGACGACAUGUGAACAAAGCUGGUUUUAUCUGUCAUGGACCUCUUGAUAGAGAUGCUAUUGGCCCUGGUGCUAAGAAGAUUCCUUAUAUAUCUAAUGAGAUUCAACAGCAAACUAUGUCCAUGAUUUAUCUUGGGAUUCCUGAAGAAAACGUUUUGGAGAAACAUAUUGAAGGGAUUCAGAGGUAUUGUGGUUCUGAUGCAACGGUUAAUAGUCUUGCCUCUCAGUAUGUUCAUAAACUUGGGAUGAUUAUCAAACGUUCCACUCAUGAGCUGGAUUUAGAUGAUCAAGCUAGUAUCAAGAUAUGGGCUGAGCGCAACAAGAAAUCCAUCUUCUUUUAUCAGGAAUCUUCGGAGACGGAGCAGUUCAUGCUGGGGAUUCAAACAGAGUGGCAGUUGCAGCAACUCGUCCGUUUUGGGCAUGGUAGUCUCGUUGCAGCUGAUUCGACAUUUGGGAUAAAGAGACUGAAGUAUCCUCUCUGCACGCUUCUUGUAUUUGAUUCAAGACAUCAUGCGCUCCCCGUCGCUUGGAUUAUCUCUCGUAGCUAUUUGAAAUCUGAUGUUGAGAAGUGGAUGAAAAUACUACUCCAACGCGCACAGAGUGUUGAGCCUGGCUUUAAAAUCAAUGGCUUUAUCAUCGAUGAUGCUGCAACAGAGAUUGAUCCCAUAAGGGACACAUUUUGUUGCCCGAUCCUUUUCUCACUCUGGCGUGUUCGUAGAUCAUGGCUUAGGAAUGUAGUGAAGAAGUGCGAUAAUAUUGAGGUCCAAAGAGAGUUAUUCAAAUGUUUAGGAGAAGUCGUGUACAGCAUUUGGGAUGGAGUAGAUACAUCAAAGGCUCUAGAAAGGUUAACUCAGGAUUUUGUUGGUCAAACGGCCUUCAUGCAGUAUUUCACAUCUACUUGGUUGCCUAAAAUAGAAAUGUGGCUCUCAACGAUAAAAAGUCUUCCACUUGCAAGCCAAGAAGCAUGUGGUGCUAUAGAAGCUUACCAUGUAAAGCUUAAAGUUAAACUGUUUGACGAUACUCACCUCGGUGCCCUUCAGAGAGUAGAUUGGUUAGUACACAAGCUGACGACUGAACUCCAUUCGAGCUAUUGGCUUGAUCGAUAUGCUGAUGAAAGUGAUUCUUUUCAAAAUGUUAAAGAAGAAUACAUAGCUUCUACUUCAUGGCACCGAGCAUUGGAGAUUCCAGAUUCUGCUGUUACAUUAGACGAAAAUGACAUCCUUGUUGCAAAGGUUCAGUCUCAGAAAGAUACCAAUGUAACACGAGUUGUUUGGAACCCAGGUUCGGAGUUUGCUUUCUGUGAUUGUGCUUGGUCUUUGCAAGGGAACUUAUGCAAGCACAUCGUAAAGGUAAAUACAAUAUGCGAAAACCGUGGAGGGUAUGGUGACUCAAUGUCCUUGCGGUCGUUGAAAGAGAAACUGAGAAACAUAAAGAUGAAACCAAUGGAUGACUCAAUAGCUUUGGAUCUAUCAAUGGCAUUGACACUGCAGAUGUGUGAGCAGAUAAAACAGUUGGUGCAAUUAAGCGGAACAGACGAUAUCAGCAACAUAGUCAAAGAUUUGCCGGUGAAAUGGGGAUGUAAAAAAGGCAGAACAACCAUAGGGAUUCCCGCUUCGAUUGCUGCCUUUAUAAAGAAAAAGAGUAAGAAACGGAAGCGAUAA